CACCGUACAAUACAGGAAGAAGAAGAUGAAGAACAGGAUGGCGUUUGACGUAUAAUUCGUUAUUGUGGUCGUUAUACUUUUGUUUAUUUCAUCAGUGCGUGCAUGCACACAUGUAUGUCAUAUAAUUGAGUAAACAUCGUUGAUAUUUGUUUGUACCCGGAUACAUUAGUCUGAGCGCACUUUAGACGCUUCUCGGGCUAGCUUCGCCUGCUAGUUAGCUUAGCUUGUUAGCCGCUAACAAAGACGGGCGGAAGUGAUCAAAACACAUCGCUAAGCAGAGAUCAAGUGUUGUGAUUGUGUGAAAAUGUGCGAAAGAACGAGAGCAGAGUACGAGGAGGAACUUUGUCCAACAAAAGAGGAGAAGGAGCGACAACAUCAACUACUGGAUGUUUAUUAUAAGAAACAUCAUCAAGGUGUGUUACACAGAACAGAUGUCCAGCAGCCCCCCCACGUUAAAGAGGAAGAGGAGGAAGUGUGGAUCACCCAGGUGGGACCGUGUCUUCUAGGGCAGGAGGAGGCUGAUCUCAGCAAGUUUCCACUGACUGUUGUCUCUGUGAAGACUGAAGAGCAUGAAGACAAACCACCUGAGUCCUCACAGCUUCAUCACAGUCCAAAGGUCUCCGAAGAACGUCUUCUCCCUGAGCAAAAGGAGUGGAGCUUCCGGAUGGAGCAGGCGAAGCCACUUCUUAAGAAAGAAGAUGAGGUGCAACAGAGCCCUCUCGUUAAAGACGAAGAAGAUGCACCGGUGACCCCUCACAUUAAAAAGGAAGAGGAGGACCUACAGACGCCCUACAUUAAAAAGGAAGAGGAGGACCCAGUGCCCCCCAGUUUAAAAGACGUAGUUCCACAUUACCCUCACAUUAAAGAGGAGGAGGAGGAACACAGCAUCAGUCAGGGGGGAGAGCAUCUGGAAUGGUUGGAGGAGUACCCAGUGACUGGUGUCCCUGUGAAGAGUGAAGAUGAUGAGGUCAAAGGUGAGAGUGAGGAGAAGAGAGAGGUGGAGCCUCCGAGCAGCAGCUCAACAGAAGCUGAUGGAGACCACUGUGGAGGAUCACAAGCAGACAAGCUCUUAGCUCCACUAUCAGAUAGUGAGGACACAACGUCACACUCUCCUGACACUGAUGAUGAAGACUCUAAAGAUGAUAAGACACGUCACACUGACAACACACACCUGACGUGUUCUCACUGCGACAAAACCUUUAAAUAUCAUUGGCAUCUGAAAAGACACAUAAGAAUGCACACUGGAGAAAAACCUUUUCCCUGUUCAAUCUGCGGUAAAGGUUUUGUACACAGUCACCACUUGAAAGUGCACAUGAGAACGCACAGUGGGGUGAAACCUUUUUCAUGUUCAAUUUGUGCCAAAGGUUUUGUCGAAAGUCAAAAUUUGAAAGCACACAUGAGAAUACACACCGGCGAGAAACCCUUCUCUUGUUCAGUCUGCGGUAAAUGUUUUGCAGCGAAUCAAAAUUUGAAAUUACACCAGCGAACGCACACUGCGGAAGAACAUUUCAACUGCCCAAUCUGUGGUAAAAGUUUUAGACGAAGUCAGUGUUUGAAAAGACACACAAAGAUACACACUGGGGAAACCAAUUUUAGCUGCUCAGUCUGCGGCAAAGGUUUUGUACAAAGUCAUGAACUGAAAGUACACAUGAGAAUCCACACCGGAGAAAAACCUUUUAGCUGCUCGGUCUGCGGUAGAGGUUUUGUAACCAGUCAAAAUUUGCAAGUGCACAUGAGGAUACACACCGGGGAAAAGCCUUUCACCUGUUCAAGCUGCGGCAAAAGUUUUGUACAAAAUCAGAACAUGAAAGUGCACAUGAGAACACACACUGUGAUAAAACGUUCUCCUGUUCAAGCUGCAACAAAAACAUUUGCAGCCAAAGAAACAUUGGAGCACACAUGAGAACACACACAGGUGAUAAAAUGUUGAAUUGCUUUGUUUGUGGCGAAAGGUUAUCUUCUAAGUACCAGUGUAAGAAACACAAGUGUGCUGGUGAGAACAGCAGCAGCACAUAAAUCUGCAGAAUUUGAAAUAAACUGUCAAAACUUCUUUAACUUUGACUUUCUAACAACAUCAGCACAUAGAACAUGUGUGACAUCAUUGUUGUGUGUGUGACACAAUCUUGUCCUCAUACUUAUAGAUUAGUUUUUUUAGACUAGUGUUUUUUUCCAGUCAAGUACGCACAUUAGUUUACAACAUUGUGUACUUUUAUUUAAAAAUAAACAGAACAAUUUGAAUAGAAACAGAGAGUAAAAAGUAUAAUAUAUGUUACAUAUACAAACCCUGUUUCCAUAUGAGUUGGGAAACUGUGUUAGAUGUAAAUAUAAACAGAAUACAAUGAUUAGUAAAUCAUUUUCAACCCAUAUUCAGUUGAAUAUGCUACAAAGACAACAUAUUUGAUGUUCAAUCUGAACUAUAGAAUGUGAUGCCAGCAACACAUGACAAAGAAGUUGGGAAAGGUGGCAAUAAAUACGGAUAAAGUUGAGGAAUGCUCAUCAAACACUUAUUGGGAACAUCCCACAGGUGUGCAGGCUAAUUGGGAACAGGUGGGUGCCAUGAUUGGGUAUAAAAACGGCUUCCCCCAAAAAAUGCUCAGUCUUUCACAAGAAAGGAUGGGGCGAGGUACACCCCUUUGUCCACAACUGCGUGAGCAAAUAGUCAAACAGUUUAAGAACAACGUUUCUCAAAGUGCAAUUGCAAGAAAUUUAGGGAUUUCAACAUCUACGGUCCAUAAUAUCAUCAAAAGGUUCAGAGAAUCUGGAGAAAUCACUCCACGUAAGCGGCAUGGCCGGAAACCAACAUUGAAUGACCGUGACCUUCGAUCCCUCAGACGGCACUGUAUCAAAAAGCGACGUCAAUCUCUAAAGGAUAUCACCACAUGGGCUCAGGAACACUUCAGAAAACCGCUUUCACUAAAUACAGUUGGCCGCUACAUCUGUAAGUGCAAGUUAAAGCUCUACUAAGCAAAGCGAAAGCCAUUUAUCAACAACAUCCAGAAACGCCGCCGGCUUCUCUGGGCCCGAGAUCAUCUUAGAUGGACUGAUGCAAAGUGGAAAAGUGGUCUGGCGAGUCCACAUUUCAAAUUGUUUUGGGAAAUAUUCGACAUCGUGUCAUCAGGACCAAAGGGGAAGCGAACCAUCCAGACUGUUAUCGAUGCAAAGUUCAAAAGCCAGCAUCUGUGAUGGUAUGGGGGUGUAUUAGUCCUCAAGGCAUGGGUAACUUACACAUCUGUGAAGGCACCAUUAGUGCUGAAAGGUACAUACAGGUUUUGGAACAACAUAUGCUGCCAUUUAAGCGCUGUCUUUUUCAUGGACGCCCCUGCUUAUUUCAGCAAGACAAUGCCAAACCACAUUCAGCACGUGUUACAACAGCGUGGCUUCGUAAAAGAAGAGUGCGGGUACUUUCCUGGCCCCCCUGCAGUCCAGACCUGUCUCCCAUGGAAAAUGUGUCGCGGAUUAUGAAGCGUAAAAUACGACAGCGGAGACCCCGGACUGUUGAACGACUGAAGCUCUACAUAAAACAAGAAUGGGAAAGAAUUCCACUUUCCAAGCUUCAACAAUUAGUUUCCUCAGUUCCCAAACGUUUAUUGAGUGUUGUUAAAAGAAAAGGUGAUGUAACACAGUGGUGAACAUGCCCUUUCCCAACUACUUUGGCAUGUGUUGCAGCCAUGAAAUUCUAAGUUAAUGAUUA